AAAGCAUACUUGUAUAAACUCAUGGUAUACAUUUAUUAUUUUAUUCAAAUUAAUCUGUGCAUGGAAGGAAUUAUAAACUAAGCGAAGCAUUAUGUUGGAACUAUUCAACAAGCAGCCAAAUACUAUACGGUUGACAACAUCUACAUUCUGAGUGGCUAUAGAGUUAACUAUUCUACUCCUUGGCUAGUGCUAAAGUCACUUUUUUAGAAACACAAUGAGCUUAUCAAUGUUUGGACACAUGUUAUAGGAUCAUUUCUAACAUUCCUAUUAAUUAUUUAUAUUGUUAGUUAUCAUUAUGAUCACAGACAAAGAAUUGAACAAGACAUUGACCAAAUAUUUAGUUUUAAUUCUACAUUAAACCCAACUUCAAAUAGCAACCAAAACAUUAUGGCUGAUAGACAAAAAUAUGAAGAAAUUUUUAAUAAAAUUGAUCACUUUCAGAAUUCGAUGCUUACUUCUGAGACUUAUAAAGAGAUUGUCCAUUUAAUGAAAAUUACAGUAGAUAUACUCAAUUUUGAGGAAGUAGCUGAAUAUGCAGUUGUAUUCUAAAAUAAAUUUAAUUUAUUUAAAGAUAAAAUAAUUUAAGAAGUAAAGUGGCUAUUUAAUAUAAAUAGAUUGACAGUGAACAAUUUGAUUGGGUUGAAAUCUAUAAGCAUGACUAUUCCCAUACAUCCAUUUUGAAAUAGGAGUAAUUUUUGAGAAAUAAUACUGAUCCUUAUCAUGUAUCAAGAUGGCCCAUAGUUGUAUUUUUAGUGAGUGGAUUAAUGUGCAUGGCUGGAUCAGCAUUAUUCCAUCUAUUUUAUUAGAUGAGUGAAGAAGCUAAUAAAUAUCUUAUGAGAGUUGAUUAUGGAGGUAUCUCUCUACUUAUUUUGGGGUCUUGUUUUCCUCCAUUUUAUUAUGGAUUUUAUUGCGAUGCAUUUUUGAGAUAUUUUUAUCUCAUCACAGUAGGAUCGGCAUGUUUGGCUGCUUACAUAGUUUCCAUCUUUGAUUUCAUUCAUACAGAAAAAUGGAGAAAAGUUAAAGGACUCAUGUAUGGAUCUUUAGGAUUAUUUGCAGGUGUUCCAGCUGUCCAUCUUUAUUUAAGAGAGUAUGAAUUACAAAUAUUCUAAAUAGAUUUUAUAGAGAGGAUAUUUCAGAUUAUUUACCAUUUAAACACUCAUUUUUAUUUUAUGUUUUGAUGGGAUCAAGUUACUUAUUUGGUUUGGCUUUAUAUACUUUAAGAAUUCCUGAGAGGUUUAUGCCAGGCAAAUUCGAUAUCUUUGUAAUAAUAAAUUUUAUCUUAGGGACAUAGUCAUUAAUGGUGGCAUUGUUUUGUUUUUCUAGGAGUAUUUUUCCAUUAUUUUGGUUCUAUCUAUAACAUGGGAGAUAGAAAGUUUACAUUUUGUCUUAUAUGA